ACAGUUUCCAUUUAUCUUCCCAUCAUUCAUCAUAUUUUCGAUAAACUUAAAAAUUCUAAAAUUAAAAAAUAGUUCAAAAUCAAACUAAAAUCGUUAAAUUUUCGUUGCUUUGGCAGCACUUUUAAGCAAAAGACUUGGAGGCACUAGCACACGCAUGCAGCCCACACCAUCCACACAAUUGGAUUUUAUUUGAUAAGUUUUUGCGGCUUUUGUUUUGACUGCGGUUUGUUUGUGAAAUCUUAGAAAUUCUAUAAUUAUGGCAACAAAAGGCGAUGCAAGAAGUGAAACGGAUCAAAAACACAAACGUAAAUCAAAUAGCACUUACAAAUCUGCUAAAGAAACGAAAGAAGAUGAUGAAGCUGUCAACGGUAGCAGCCCAAUGGACACAUUUCAACAACAGGCAUUGGAAAUUCUUGAACCAGGACCAGACUUUGAUCCAAAAGUUGCACCAAAAACUGGUGAGGAAUAUCUUACACAUAUGUUGUAUGAACGCAAAGCUUGUCCGGCAGUUGUGGUAAAAAAGCCAAACAAGAAUAGAACAGCUGCUGCACUAGUAGAGAAUUUUAAGGACGAAAAUGCACCACUAAAAACAAUCACAUAUCCCGGUAUGCGGCCUACAAAGGAGUGGAAAGAAUAUCAAAUUAAAGAUUUUGAUGAUACACGUGAAAAAGUUUUACUUCUUCGUUUGGAAUUGCAUAGACAACGUUAUGAUCAAACAUUAGAACCGCCUUUAACCGGCGAUCCAAUUGCAUGGCGUAAAUUUUGCCAAGAGAAUCCACCACAUCUGAAAACCAUACUACGUUUUAGUCAACGUACUUUAGAGCAACUCUUGGAAUUCAUUUGCGAUUGGUUACGUGGCGGUGAGGAACAAGAAAUUUUGCAAAAAAUUUCCGCAGAAGAUCCAACGCCUUCAACUUCCGAUGCUGCCAGCAAUGAUAAUUUGUUUCCAACUUCAAUAGAUCUCACAGACGCCGAGUCAUGGAUGGGUACAUGGCUCUAUGCAACCUUAUCCUGCCUACAUCUACCCAUAGAACCUGAGGUGCACAGUACGCUGCGUGACAUAGCACGCGUGUGCAUAAGACUACGUGGGCGCGUGCCAGCAGAAACAGCUGGCAAAGCGGUGCCUUAUAAUUUAUUCAUACUUUUGAUCGCAAAGGCAUUUGCACAAAUGGAUUUCGAAGAAUUUGUGUAAUGUGCCUAGCUCUAUGGACAUAGUCGUUAGCAAGUACAAUGGAAUUUUUUUUGAAUAUAAUUACAAGCCGAGUUCAUGCUCACACCAAAAUGUUGCGAAAUUAACAGUUUUAAGUUUUAAUUUUCAUAUAAACUAAAAUAAAAAAGUAAUCCAUAUCA